ACCUGCGCGUCACUCUUCAAAAUCAAAACAUCCGCCAAAAUCAAAAUAUUGUUAACUUCCCCAUAAAUCUCUUAACUUAUUUCAGAAGAUGUACAAUAAAACAGUUGUUGAUUGGCUGACGGAAGCUAAAGAUGACCUCGUUGAUGUCACAAAGUCGAAACUGUUCGAGAUCAUAGCGAGCGUUGUGUUUUUGGUUCUGAUCACCCAGGGCAAGCGAGUUUGGUUCGAUUGCAUUCACUGUUUCGGAUUGAUCAAUGCGGGUGUAUUUUUGAUAUGUCCGGAGACAGCACUGUCACUAUGGGUAACGGGGCCAAUAGACGGAACUCACAUUUUUCUGGGCCGGAGUCUGGGUAUGAUGGGGAUGUUCUGGAUGUUGCAGUACUUCCUCCUGAGAAACAGCACUGACUCCACCGUACAGACUAGCUUUCUCCUCUCCUGCUGCGUGGCUAUGCUUUGCAAGUUCCUGGCCUGUGGUUAUCUCAUGACGCACAAUCCAAAAGGCAAGAAAGUUCCAACCAGAAUUGAGGAGAAGGAAGUAACACAGAUGUUCUACAUGAUGCUGCUAACCACUGUGGGUACCCUGUUUCACAUGUUCCGAUCAAAUGACUGGGGUGGAUACGGAGAAAUAUCAUCACGGGCAAACUUCCACAUCCGCCUACAGUUUGUCAUCAUGAUCCUUGUAUCAGUUGUGGGGUACGCAAUGCCAGGCUGGUGUGUACGUAUGAUGUUUCCGUCCCUUGAGAAGGUGGAUUCCGUGCUUAUAUUUCUCACUCGAGCUGCAAGUUCCAUCAAUAUUGGGACUUCCUUUCUCCUCCUAAGAGUACCAAACUUCCUGCGAACUGGCGAUAAGGAGGCUGUUCUUGCUGCUAAUUGGCUGUUGUGUGUGGUCGCAACAUCCAUGGAUUGGGUGUGGUUCGCCAUGAACUGGGCCCAAGUCUCUACAGGAAUGAUUGUAAUGGAACUCGUCAGCGAUGUUGUAGCCAUCACAAACAUAACUGGCGCUCUCGACUACGACUUAAGCGUGUUCCAGAGGGUUCUCCUCCCGAAGAUCAAGGCCGUUCCUGGAGAAAUCUGCAACACCUUCAAGCUGAAGAGGGUCUAGGGGUGAUAACAGUGUAAAGAUUAGAAAAGGGAGAUUGGAGCCUAUUGGUAAAAUGAGAUUGAAGAGUAUUCGGAAAGGAUGAUUGGAGAUGAGAAGAGUAUUUGGAAAGAGUGAUGAGACAUUGGAGACUAGAAUGUUGUCAAAACCAGGAAUAUUGAAAAAUUGCUAUGCAAGACAGAAUUGCCUUACUGUUUUGUAACAUUUUGUUUAAUAGUUCUUUUUCCUUGAGUACCAUCAUGGACGGAGUUUGUUCAAGUCCUGUUCUUGUUAGUGUUUUGAAACCAUAUUUUAACAAAAAUGAUGAUAUUUGAUAUUUGACAUUUGUCAAAGAAAGUUUGCCAUUAUAUAUAAUGUGUUCUCCAGUGCUAGCAUAAAGGCAGCUGUAAUAUUUUAUAUCUUUUCAUUGUAGAGAAAAAAAUCAUGACAUUCACUAAUUAAAUUUUUAAUAUAAUUUUUACCGGACAGUUUUGUUUGUAAUGAUAAAUUUUAAAAUCAUUAUUUAUGUUCUUAAUAAUUAAUGUCUUUACAACAUUCACAAAGUCUUUAAUAAUUCUAAGGUGUUCUUUUGUUUUAAUAAAAAAAUGUUAUAUUUGAGUGGAAGUGUCAUCAUUAUCAACAUUUAAUAUUGGAUGAAUCACACAAAGCGUGAAACAAAGUCACAUAUUUACAAAUGGAUGACAUUUUCACCCAGAGUUUGUUUUAAUAACCAUUCAUUCAUUUAUCGAUAACUAUAAUAAUUGUGGUGCAGUUUUUAUUGUAAAUCUAAAUGUCAUGCUUGUAUAUUUUAUAGCAAUAAAUAGUUUCAAUAAAAGUUGCUGUUUUGGC